AUGGCCCAGCCCACUACUGAAGAUGCUGGCGGUGAUGAAAAGUCUGAAGAUGUUCCUCCACACACUUCUCUCAAGGUGCUGCAGGCAAUUGGAGUGGAGCUGGAGAUCGACCCCAAGCUGCUCUCCAGGGAUAAGCUUAUGGCUAACCCCAAGGAUGACUCCUCCUCCUCCAGCGUAGAACCUGAACAGAAAUGGCUGUUGUUGGGAGAUUUCAAUUUUAUAAGAUCCAUGGAUAACCGAAAUCUUCCUGGUGGAGAUGUCAAUGAUAUUUUCAUCUUUAAUGAGAUCAUAGAUCAUGGGGAAAUGGCUAAAGAAUUUUUGGAUACAUUCAAGGGUAGAAUGGGAACUGUCAAGCCGAUUUUGUUGGGUAGUGACAUUCUCUCUCUUAUUCCAAAAGUGCAGGGGCUUGAGGUGCUCACAAAACCUUUUGAGGUAAAAGAAAUUGAGCAUGUGAUUAAGGAAUUACCCAUUGAUAAGGCACCAAGGCCUGAUGGCUUUAAGGGGCUAUUUAUGAAGAGGUGUUGGCAUAUUAUUUCCAGUGAUUUUAUUAGGCUGGUUAAUGAAUUUCAUGCAGGAACUGCUCAUUUGGAGAAUCUCAAUGAGGCCUUCAUUGCACUGAUCCCUAAGAAGCAAACACCUGAGGUUGUUGGAGAUUUUAGGCCAAUAUCUUUGACCAGUGUGGGGCUGAAGUUUCUCACUAAACUUGCAGCUAAUAGGUUUCAGGAAGAAAUCACCAAAUGUUGCAACCAAUCAAAGAAGCCAAUCAUAUUGCUCAAGCUUGAUUUUGAAAAGGCUUUUGAUUCUAUUCAGCAUGAGGCAAUUAUAAAGAUUCUUGUGGCAAAAGGUUUUGACAACAAAUGGAUCACCUGGGUUCAGCAGCUGUUAUCAUCUGCAACUUCUUCCAUUUUCUUGAAUGGUGUACCUGGAAAGCACUUCAAGUGCAAGUGUGUUGUAAAGCAAGGAGAUCAUAUCUAUCCUCUGCUCUUUGUGGUUGUUGCUGAUCUUUUGCAGACUAUGAUUAAUGAUCUUCUACGUCAGGGCUUGCUAACUUUGCCUUUCUCAACACAUGACCCAGAUUACCCAGUGGUGCAGUAUGCAGAUGAUACUUUGCUCUUUGUGGCUGCUGAUACAGCUCAAUUGGAGUCUGUCAAUACCACAGGGUAUCCUGAAGCAAUUGGAGAGAAUUCAAAGACAGUGUCUAUGGAGGAAAUAUGGCCCAAACUUAAGGGAGGACUUGGAAUUCUCAAUCUGGGACUGCAAAAUGAUGCUCUGCUCCUCAAAUAUCUGAACAAAUUUUACAAUAGAGCAGAUGUACCAUGGGUUCAUUUGGUAUGGGACUCUUAUUACUUUCACAGAGUUCCUCAUGACACUAUCAUCUGUGGUUCCUUCUGGUGGAGAGACAUUUGCAAAUUAAUGGACAAAUUCAGGGCUGUUACUUCUGUCACAGUUGGCACAGGAGAUACAGUGCUUUUUUGGUCAGAUCAUUGGGAGAUUGAUAACUCAUGUAUUCCUCUUCAAGACAGAUUUCCAAGGCUCUUCUCAUUCUGUUUGGAUAAAAAACUCUCUGUUAUGGAAAUGUUACAAGCAGGAGAUUUGCAGCACAUGUUUUCUUUGCCUUUGUCUGAAUUGGCUUUUAAGGAGCUCAACCAACUAUCAAGCAUGUUGGUUGAGAUCUCUUUGGACAAUGGUUGUAAUGACACCUGGGUUUGGAGGCAUGGGAAGAAAUCUGAAUAUUCAGCAAAGAAGUAUUAUGAUUUCGUUCACCAACCAGUUCUUGCCAACCCCAUACAGAGUUGGGUUUGGAAGAGCUGUUGUACCAUGAAAGUUAAAUUUUUUGCAUGGCUUGUCAUAAUGGACAGAGUUAACACCAAGGAUAUGAUUGAACGUAGGCAUUGGAAAAUUAAUGAUGGGCCUGAGUGUGUUCUUUGCUUGACUGGAGUGCUUGAGGACAGGAACCAUCUUUUCUUCCAAUGCAACUUUAGUAUGAGAAUUUGGAAUUAUCUCCAAGUCACCUGUUUGGAUAGCAAUGACAUGGUCCAAAUUGCCUUACAUGCCAGGAAGGAUUUUAAUAAACUGUUCUUCUCAGAAGUGGUCUUCCUUGCAUGGUGGAACAUUUGGAAAAUCAGGAAUGAUAGGGCUUUUAGACACAUCAACCCUUCUUUCAGUCACUGGAGGAAUGGUUUCAUUCAUGACAUUACUCUCCUAUCCCACAGGAUCAAGACCAGAUACAGGCAUGCUUUGCUCAAGUGGAUUGACUUCUUACCUCCUUGA